GCCUCAAGGAAUGUCAAACUUAUUUGACUUGUCGCUCAAACUCUAACCACAACAAAUCAAUAGACACCCUGACCUUAUUAUCAAUAAUAUUAUUAUUAUUGCAGAAAAAAAAGUAGGAAAAUAGGAAUUUCUCCAGGAAUUCUUGUUUAGGUUUUUAUUGAACAUCGAAAAAGUAUCUACUUCAUUGAUCUACUUACAAUGUCGAACAAGACCAAUUCCAUUGAUGCCCGACAAGAACUUGCAGAUUUGGUGAAAAGGAAAACAGAAAUUGGGGAUACUUUGGCAAACCUCGAGAGACAAAUUUACGCAUUUGAAGGCUCUUAUUUAGAAGACACCCAGCUGUAUGGCAAUAUAAUACGGGGUUGGGACAGAUACCUCUCCAGUAAUAAAACCACAACGACUUCAAAAGCGGAUAAACGCAAUAGGAAAUUCAAAGAGGCGGAGAGAUUGUUCUCAAAGAGCUCCAUCACAUCUAUGGCUGCUGUAAGUGGAAUUGCAGAACAGUCCAAUCAAGAAAAAAGUAAGAUCCAUUAUGAAGUAGAUAGCAACCCUUAUGCUUAAAGUAGUGUCUAGUGAAUUAUGAAUUUGUUUUGUCCAUAAUAUGUAUUUACAGUGGAAUCUCUUGUAACCAGACAUGAGAAGCAAGGCCAGCAGGCCAGAGAGUAUGAUUUCAAUUCAAAAGGAAAAGUAAUCUGGAGCAAAAGCAAAAAUGGGGUGCUAUUAUUUUUUUAUUCACUGUUAAUUUAUUUCAACUAUUUAAAUGGUCAGAUAACCAACUAUGAACAUCAAUCUUUUUAGCAAUAUUAUUUAUUAUUUCUAAUGAACUUGAAUGUGUUUAGCGAUGUGUCAAGUGUUAAUACAAUAUAGUUACUGCACAAGUACCUAGUUGGAUUGCACCACUAUUUCCAUGUUUAUAUUGCAAUCCCUACAUCAUCAACAAAAUCAAUUUUCCCAUUUCUAUUUUUAAUGAUCAUCAUUUUUGUUUUUGCUAUAUUUAUUGCAUCUUUAGCAAAUAAUUGAAUUUUACAGUUUUUAAUUAUUCUAAAAACUUCAAUGAUGUAGAUAUAGAAUAGAAACUGUAGGUAGGAAUGUCUUGAAUCUAGUCCCCUUUAUAAAUCUGUGAGACCUUAGGGAUAUAAUAAUUUCUUCUGUGGCCGUGUAAUAGUUUAAAUUCUUAUAAUUAGUUGUAGUAGGAAAUGUCUGGGAAAGCAAUACGUCUUGGAGGUUUCUGCUGCAUUAUUUUUGAAGACAAUUUAUUUGUUUUCGAAUAUUUAUUGAUUGCAGAAUAUGAAUACCGAUAGCUAUUGUUUGUUCAACAGCAAAAAAAUUGUCUGGUUAAGAUUUCACUGUAUCUAUAUUAUUUUUGUUAUUUUUUAGUCGCUAAUUAGAAUAUUGAUAGUAUCUAGUGCCAAAUUUAUAGAAUUUGAAUCAUUUUAUAUUUUCCCUACAUUAACUGUGGCUUUUAUUGAAAAGUACUCAAUCAAAGGCUAAUAAAGUUUUUUUUCGCUUGUUUGUUUUUUUUUUAAGUUC